AUGAUGACCUCGAUUGAAACCGGAAGCGAGGUCGAGUGGUCCUCAGAAACGAACUACCACUUUCGGCUGUCAUUUUUCCGCGACAAGCUGCUUGACUUCUACAAGGCAAACCCCACGUGGAUAGCUCCCGAGCACCGAAUGAAGGAGGUCGUGCAGGCAGUGGAAGCAGGCUUAGAGGAUCUGUCGAUAUCUCGACCUUAUGAGCGGUUGAGCUGGGGCAUCCGGGUCCCCAGCGACGACACUCAGACCAUAUACGUUUGGCUGGAUGCUCUGGUAAACUACAUCACUGCAGCAGGGUAUCCUUGGGCUCCCGGUCGCGAGACUGUGGGAGGUUGGCCAGCAGACUGCCAGGUCAUUGGAAAGGACAUCGUUCGAUUCCAUUGCAUCUACUGGCCUGCCUUUUUGAUGGCUCUUAGUCUCCCGCUCCCUAAGCACAUUUUGACCCAUGCCCACUGGACCCUUGGAGGUUCAAAGAUGUCCAAGUCUACGGGCAGGGUGGUUGAUCCUUUCCACGCCAUCGACAGAUUUGGUCCAGACGUCAUGCGAUUUUAUAUGGGCCACGAGGGUGGUAUCCAGGACGAUGCCAGCUACGACAACAUCCGUAUCAUCCAGCUGUACAACAAAUUCUUGCUCAAUCAAUUGGGCAACAUGGCCUCCCGUGUGUUGCGAAACAAGAAGUGGAGUGUGAAGGGCGCUGUCGAACGGGUUGGUAACAGACCUGCCGAGGAAUGGCAAGAAGGCCCUGGCUCAAGGUUCUGGAAGAAUAGCCUCACCACUAUUGCUUCCAACGUUGAUCAGGCGUUUCAACUAAACGAUCCUCGUAAGGCAGUGCGGAUUCUUGCAGAUUUCGUUCGAGGAACGUCUAGUCCUUGGGCUAAGAUAUUGCCAUUUGGCCCGGGCGAGCCAGGCGAGGACGUAGACAAAAUCAUCUUUGAGGCCGCUGAAGCACUUCGCAUGGUUGGCAUUCUGCUCCAGCCGUGGAUGCCAAACAAAGCGAAUUUGCUCCUGGAUCAGCUGGGUAUCCCCACUAUCGCAACCGAGCUGCGCGCUCGACUAUUCAUUCGCAGCCUCAUCAAAUUUUUAUUUCGCAGUCCUUGUGGUACUCAGCGCACCUUCGCUUUUGAUACACACCUCAUCAUGGCGUACAAUAGCUGGGACAAGCUUGCGAAAGCUCAACGCGACUAUCCGAAACCGAAGUUCGCCAAUCAGGUCGUGGACAAGGCGCUCAAGAAGCAGUCGAAUAAUCCCUACCUUCUGGUGAGUUCUGUGCUGAUAUGCCAGGCCAUCGUCAAGUACAGCAGGGAGAACCCAUCGGACAAGAAACAGUGUCAUUAUUCGCAAAUCAUUGCGGGGCAGCUCGCAGCGAAGCAAAGGUUUCUUUCAGGUGGCGCAAAAGACAUGCAUGGUGAAAUUAAGAAACAGGUCGCAAAGAAAUUGAUGUUGGAAGCGUACCAAGCACCUUCGGAAGAUGCCAUUGCUGUCAACACCAUUCGCGAACUUCGGUUUAUGGGCGAAACUCUCGGUGGGCAAGGGUUCUUGAAGGAAUUGCAAGAGGCUUGGAGCAAUCCUUCUCCCGCACAGAAAGUCCUUUUCGAUCGUCAUCGAUCUGACAUCACAGCUUUGAUGACCAAACUCUUGCAGGAACACAAAGAAUGGAAGCAACUCGAGAAACACUGCGUAGAAGCCAUCGACGAGAUUCGCUUAAACUUACACGCGUCCAAGUCCAAGUUCUGGGAAUUGUGUGCUUGGAGAUGGGAUUUGUGGGGAGCAAUGGUGAAUGCUGUCGCCCAAAAGUUCAUUGCCAACAAGAUUACUGAAUGUUUUCCUGAUGGAGUUGAAUCGAAAGAUCGCCCUUUACGACUCACUUACCUUAUGUUGCGGGAUCAGAUCGGAACGUCCAUGCUGGAUGAUUGCAAGAGAUAUUACCAAGACUUCUCGAGCACACCUAGCUGCUUCAACGACCUAAGACCCAAGAUAUGUCGUCUUCCACGCGAAGAGCUGAAGGAGUUCCAGCGCUUCAUGGGCGAACAAGUGGAUAAGAACCUUGCAGAAGCGGAGUCCUGUGGAGAAGGCCACGAGCUGGCAAUCAGAGCUUCAAAAAUGUGGCCCGAAGACCCGGAAUUCUCUUGCUUGGUCACCUACACACUCCUCAACAUGCAUCAAAUACAUGUGCGUGCAGAAGACAAGACUUCCGAGCUCGAGGAUCAUGUGAACCCGCGUAUUUUGCUACAAGCAACCAUUUUUGCACGACACCAAGUCGAGAUGGACAAAGACAAACAGAACAGAACAUUCUCUCUCCUUGCGGCAAGAUUGCAUCUGAAUCUCGGUUUCGGUACGGUCGCCUUCAAGCUCUACACCCAUGCUACAUGCAAGGAGAUGCUUCUGGAUACACUUUCGCCGUUUAUGCUUUCACGAAUAUCGCACACGCAUCCUUUCGAAGUCAAAGGGUAUGGGGGCUUCUCUGCCGAUGCAGAAUUGGCAAAAGUUAUUGCAACAAUAGAGAGGAUGGAGAAGAAGACGAACAGUUAUCUGGUGACAGACAUAUCUUCUUUCAGAUGGGAUCAAGUGAUCGAUACAAUCGGCUUAAGGAGAAAACUCAACUCCAGCUUGACAAAACACUUGUGUGUGGCGGAGCGUCGCAAGAUGGCUCGUCUCAGGGGGGAUUCAGUUGAAGACCUUCCGCGACUCCCCUUUAAAGCGUACACCGAGAUUUCGGAUAACAUAGACUUUGAAGUAUUUCCUGAUUUCGAGGAUCCUUCUCAGCCCGACAGACUAGUAGACCUCAUCGUGCCCAACCAUAUACCCACUUUACAAUGGAUAUAUGACUGCAAUUUCAAUCGUGAGAAGGCCUGCCAGCUUCUUCACCAAGAAGCUACUGUGGACGAUUUCGAUCCCAUCGACACCAUACGGAACGAAGGCGAUGUGGGUGGUGGCAUUCGGGAUGGCGUGUUUGCAGAGACAUUCACGCAGGAAAUAUGGGCGUUCAUCACUAAGCUCGCGUUCGCGGUUCACCUUCCGGAGUUACAUGCAAAAGACGUUCCGUUUUGCUUGUCGCUGUCGGCUCGCUUGAAGAGCGCAAGGAAAGGCUGCGAAAAGAUUCGGAUGCCGGGCGAUACCACACUGGAUCCGGUCGACGAACCGGGACUGUGUCAUGAGAAUAUGCUCAUGUUAUGCUACAGCUUCCUCGAGGUCUGUCGUGCCAACCACAAGCUUACGGAGCUACUCAAGGAUAAGGUCGUGAAGAGCAAAGGCAAACCGCAUCCACUCAAGCAAAUCAUUCCUGCAAAGUUCGUCGAUGAGCUUGCUGAGGAAGGCGCUAUACUGUUCGCAGCCAUCCGCGAUAUAGCGACAAGCUACAUCGCUCUGCUUAAGAGCAGGGGUAUCAAGGCUAUCAAGGCGCAGGUCCGGUGGGGCACAAGUGGAGAAGCGUUGAAGCUUAUACUCAGCGAUGACGACGUCGAGUACUAUGCGAAGGAAUACGUGGACAGCGCAUUGGAAGCCUGGGGCGGCGUGCUCAAGGUCAAGCUCAAGUAA